CCGAAAACACAAAAUAACGUGUUGCUGUGUGCAAACAAACGAGGCCAAUCUUUGUAUAGAUGAAAACACAAAUCAAAGUGUAGUUCAUUCUAUAGCAAAGGAUUUUGUUUAUCAAAAUGGCUGAGGUGGGUGGUUUUUUGGGUCGUCAUGUUGCUGAGGUGGUGCUAUUCCUCUACAUGUUCGGCAUCGUCAUGCAAUGGCCUGUUACUCAGCUUCUGAUCCUGCAGAAGUCGUGCCAGGGCUCCCACAGCGAAGCUGUGUGCUCCUCGCUAGCCGACCACCCGGAGAUACAAGCCAAGGUCCAGGCACAGGGAACCUUCUGGGUGAUGACCCUACCGAGUAUCAUCGGCAUCAUGCUGGCUUUCACUUCGCUUCUUCUCGGCUCAGCGAGUGAUAAGUUCGGCAGGGGGAAGAUCCUCAUGUUGACAUGUCUUGGUGGUGGGAUCCUAGCGCUCUGCUUCAUCGCCCAGUCAUCUCUGAGCUACUUGUCCCCAACACUGCUCCUCAUUGGCUACACAGCGAUGGGUUUAAGCGGUAGCAUCGGUACAUUCAUGGCAACUCUCUUCGACUACAUCACCGAUGUUACCCCGGCCGAUGAACGCACGAGACGGCUGAGUGUUGUGCAGCCGUUUGCUGGUCUCGGAACCAUACUCGGAAUGUUGCUGUCUGGAAUUGUAUUGAAAUAUCUCGGCUUCAUGGCUGUGUAUCUCAUCUUUCUCGCGACUCAAACUGUUGUUCUUUUCCUUGCUUAUAAAUUUAUGCAAGUCCAGCCCAAGUCUGAUGAAUCCAAGACAGCUGGACAGUCUCAUUGGCUAUCUGCAGUUUGGGACAAUCUUACAGCUGGGGCUAGAGUUUGUUUGAAGGCAAGACCCGGGAGUGGAAGGAAACACGUCAUCUUUAUGGUGUUAUCUGGAGUUAUCACCAUGGCUGGAGUCGGAGGUGACAUGGGUUUGACGGUGCUAUAUACCCAGCGAGCCCCGUUCCACUGGGAGCCUACCACGUUAGGAUACUUCAACGCCGCUAAGAAUGUCUGCAUGAUACUUGGCAUGGUACUGGGUACCAGAGCUCUUCUCAAGGUGUUCGGCUCUAAAGGUUCCACCGAUGAUCUGACUUUGAUGCAGAUAGGGUUCAUGGCGACGGCCAUGGCAUCUCUUGCCACAUCGAUGGCUACCGGCUCAUUAGUGUUAAUGCUUGUUCCUUUACUGAGCAUCUUGUCGGGGCCUUCUCAGGCUGCCGGUGGUGCCUUCUCUUCAAAACUCAUCGAGACAACUGAAAAAGGUGCAUUCUCAUCGUUCUCAUCCUUUAUUGGUAAUUUGGCCAGACCGUUUGGUACCCUCGUCUUUAGCACCAUCUAUGCAUGGACGUCUACGUCCUCACCCGGAUUCGCAUUCGCUGUGCAGGCUGCGGUGUAUAUGGUGGCUUUCUUGCUUAUCAGCUUACUGAAGACUGAUAUCAAAGCCACGCACGAAAAGGACAACAAGACCGGAUAGUCAUGGUGACGUCACUGCCACUACUCCCACUUU